AUGUCGAGCACUGUAACCCUAGCUCAUUAUCUUUUCACUAGAUUACGACAACUUGGAAUCGAAUCAGUACAUGGAGUGCCAGGCGACUACAAUCUCGUAUCCCUUGACCAUCUUAAGCCUGCCGGCCUUAACUGGGUUGGAGAUGCCAAUGAGCUUAACGCAGGCUAUGCAGCAGACGGAUAUGCCCAGAUGAAAGGCAUCGGUGCUCUGAUGACAACCUUUGGUGUUGGUGAAUUGUCGGCCUUGAAUGCCAUCGCCGGAUCUUAUGCUGAGUAUGUCCCCGUUGUACAUAUUGUUGGCAGUCCAUCGACCACCGCUCAGCAUGAAAGGAUGCUCCUACAUCAUACAUUGGGUGACGGAGACUACAAAGUCUUCGCAAACAUCUACAAGCAAGUCACGGUCGCACAAGCAAAUCUCCACAACACUGAGACUGCAACCUCUGAGAUUGAUAGAGUUCUGAGGACUGCCUGGCUCAAAAGCAGACCAGUCUACAUUGAACUGCCGUCCGAUAUGGUGACCAAGGAAGUGCCCGCCGAGAGUCUUAACCAGCCUCUAGACAUCACUUUUCCGGAGAACAAUCAGGCAGUCGAGAUUGCUGUUGCGGAGAACAUCUUAUCACGGUUGUACAGCGCCAAAAGGCCUGUCUUGCUGGUAGACGGGUGUGUCAUCCGACAUCAUCUGAAGGCCGAAGCGACCGAGUUUGUCCUAAAGACUAGCCUACCAAUAUUCACUACACCUAUGGGUAAAGGAACCAUCGAUGAAUGCUUACCCAAUUUUGGAGGACUCUACGCUGGAAGUGGUUCUUAUGAUAAUGUUCGAGAGCUGGUGGAAAGCAGUGAUAUGGUUCUCUCUCUCGGUUUGAUGAAGUCGGAUAUCAACACAAUGAGGUUCUCAUACAAUCUCCCUGCUCACAAUGCUGUUGAUUUGUCUAUGGAGUUUCUCACGAUUGAGGGUCAACGAUGCGACAUACAUAUGUAUGGCUUGCUGAAGCGUCUGACCAACCUUUUGGACACCUCAAAACUUGUCAGGCCAGCCCAGGAACUUGUCUAUGACGUCCACCGCACAGCAAGUGCCAAUCUUCCUCCAGCGGCCUCUUAUCCGGACACCACCAUUACACAUGCAUAUCUGUGGCAACAAUUGUCGAAGUGGUUGCAGCCCAACGACAUGUUAUGUACCGAGAUAGGUUCAUCGUACCUUGGUGUUUGGGACACCCAAUUUCCGGCCAACGUAUUUGCCAUCUCUCAAACGCUAUGGGGGAGUAUAGGUUACACACUGCCUGCGGCCCAAGGUGUUGCUCUCGCUGCUCGUGAGCUUGGGCGUCCAGGGCGUGUAAUCUUAUUUGAGGGCGAUGGAUCUUUGCAACUCACUGCUCAGGCCAUUGGAACCAUGCUCAAGCUGAACCUGGACAUUAUCAUCUUUUUGGUAAACAAUGACGGAUACACAGUUGAACGCUGGGUCCACGGAAUGGAAGAAUCUUAUAAUGACAUCCCAGCUUGGAGGUACUCCCUGCUACCUGAAACGAUGGGAGCACGAUUGGGCAAAGGCGGCAAUGCUCGAACUAUGCAGGUCAGAACAAGAGGUGAGAUCGAGGCACUCUGGACAACCGAGGAAUUCAACAAAGUCAAAGGGAUGCAAUUCGUCGAGGUGUUCAUGCCCAAGCUUGACGCCCCGGUUCCUCUGAAGAUGUUCUGCACUUCUGCAGAGAAGAACAAUGCCGAAUGA